AUGUUCCUUUUUACGCUCAGACCAUCGUUGAAUGCUUUAUCUCGACGAUUAUUUUCACAAACAUGUAUUCUACCUUACGAAAUCGACCGAUUCAAUGCUGCACGAGUGCGAAUAUCGGAUUGGCCAGAUGACAUAAAAAUAAUCAAAGCAAGUCUUUCAAAGUCACUUGAACAAUGGCGAAAAGAUAACCGGACAUCGGUUUGGCUUUGGAUUCCAAUUGAGAAAGCACAUGUGAUACCAAUUGCCGCUGAGUUAGGUUUUACUUAUCAUAAUGCAGAAGAAAGAAUAGCUGUGCUCAAUCAAUGGUUGCUGCCAACAAAAUCUAUGAUACCACGAUUUGCUACACACCAAGUGGGAGUUGGCGGCGCAGUUCUUCGGGAGAAAACUAAUGAGUUACUGAUCAUCAAAGAACGAAUUCGAAAUCUGGAGUUUUGGAAGCUGCCUGGAGGAGCGGUGGAACUUUCAGAAGAUAUUGCUGAUGGUGCGAUGCGUGAAGUAUUUGAAGAAACUGGAAUAAGAUCAAAAUUUGAAUCAAUUAUCGCACUUCGGCAGUCGCACAAUCAUCCAGGUGGACAUGGUCGUUCGGAUAUAUACUUUGUUUGUCGUUUAUCUGCGCUGACAGAUGAGAUCAAAAUGGAUCCAACUGAAGUUCUCGAUUGCAAAUGGGUACAAAUUGAGGAAGCAACGAAGUCUUCCAAUCCGCUUUUACGACGUAUUGCACAACAGUUAGCAUUCGGUUUGAAGAAUGGCUUCAAAGAAUCGAUCGACUUUUCAAUCGAUCGAAUUCCAUCGAUUGUGACUGGAAAAUCUUUUGACUUUUUUACUCGUUCAAUUAAAAAUAGUCAAUAA